AUGGCUGGUCCCAGUGAGUUUCUCGUGAAACUCUCGCUAGGUACCCCAUCCAGCCUGUACUGGGCCAUUAUAGAUGCUGGUAGCAACCUCAUAUGGACAACAUGCUGCCAUUGUUACAACUGCCAUGUCAAAACACCAAUGUUUGAUCCACUUCAGUCGUCCACCUACAAGAACAGGAGAUGCUCCACCAGCUUUUGCAUGGAAUUGCACGACCAUCGUUGCACCAGCGACCAACUUUGCUGUUUCAGAUAUUCCUAUAGUGCAAAUUCCGAAGUAGAAGGGGUCCUAGCCUCUGAGAUGCUCUUGUUUGACAAUGAUAAUCCUGAUUCUGCCCUGCAUAAAGUUCCUGGCCUUGGCCGUGGUCCUCUCUCUCUUGUUAAACAAAUUGGCUCUUCCAUUGAAAACAAUUCCGCGGGGCAGCUGAAAUUCGGUGAGGAUGCACUGUUUUCAGGCACAGAAGACGUUCAAGAGACACCGAUGGCAUCAGAUGGUGGUGAAGGGAAACGACAGAGGAGUGUGCUGCUUCCUGUCUUCACCGAGGAGCAUGCUGCUUCUUGUCUUCCUGUCUUCACUGAGGAGCGUGCUGCUUCUUAUCUUCACCGAGGACUGCACUGUUUCACCAAGGAGUGGGCUGCUCCUUUUAGUGUUUGA